CGCAAUUCACGAAGUCGUUUUCGGUUAUAUUUGUAUAUCUCGUUCUUAAUGAAGUAUCUUUUUGAAGAUGUUUCUCAAGUGCUUUGAGUACAAAUUUAUAGAGUUGAUUGUCAGUCUCUUGUAUCUUCAUGGUGUCGCAUGUUUCUUUGUGAAACAUGUUAAAACAAGAAAGUGUAUCUAUGACACAGAACAAAUACACGACCAAGGCCCGCUCUGGGGCAGCCUAUCUUUUCUUGAACUCUCCAACAACUGUCUGGAUCCAGCUGCUCAGUUUCGGUUUCGUAGUGAUAAUGGCGCCAUGUUGAAUUUGAAAAGAAAAGGAUGUCUUGCUAUAUAUGACAAGCGCGGGAUUGAUGAAAUGUUUUUCGUCUACGUUCCUGCUACCCCAGGAGCUAUAAAAGUAUCUGCCUGUGCUGACCACCGGGUUAUAAAACAAACCUCUUGGGGAGGUUUACGUGGAAAAUUUAAUUCUGCAGCCAGGUGUGCAGACCCUGAUGGAUACAUGGAGACGAACAAAAGCUGUGUAGACGGAGAGAAUAAACGUUUUAAUUUUGGUUCAGUUACAUGUUAUGGAGAAACGACAGAGAAUGUCGCCUGUCCUAAAGAUCAGUUCAUGGUGGUAAAAAAUGCAUCUUACCGUGGAUUGUCUUACUCAAAGACAUGUGGUUUGAGUGAUGAUUAUAGUUGUACAGUUGAUGUAACAUGUCUUGUUAAGAAACAAUGUGAUGGUCAACAUGAGUGUAAAAUAACUGUGGAUGAAACCUUGUUCUCUGAUGAUCUGUGUCCUGGAUUGAAAAAAUAUCUUUACUUUGAAUAUCAAUGUAUUGAUACAUCAAAACAAUAUUCAUUAUGUGUGGAUAACGUGUAUCUGUCAUACUCAUCUCUACCAAACGAGGGUUUUUUACAAAUAGAUGCAAAAUAUAAUGGAACCAAGACAGUUUGUUGGCAGAGUUUAAAGAACAACGCCAAGGAUGUUGUUUGUCGUCAACUGGGUUAUACACGAGCAUCCUCUGUUGUUAAUAAGACUGCUAUGUCUAGCAUGAAAGAAGUAUUUUCUGGAAACAUUGACUGCGACGGCAAAGAGCAUCACUUGUCUCAAUGUUCAUUUACAACUUCUCAAAAAAGCUGUUCACAGCUCUCUUACAUCAAAUGUCAUAUUUGCAACAAUCCUCUGUUAGAAGACAAAGAAAGAUUUCCAGAUUCGUCAUUCACUGCCUCAGUUUCUUCAGAAGGUCACAGAGCUUCUGAUGCAAGGAUAUCUAGUGGUAGUUCUUGGUGUGCUCCUGUCUCAGAUGAUAAACAUUAUCUUCAAGUCGACUUAGGAAGACUUUACGUGUUUUAUGCAAUAGCGACAUUUGGCGAUAGCACUGGCUCUAAAUGGGUGACAUCAUUUAACCUUAAUCAUACUAUUGACCUGGUAAACUGGAGACGAGUACAAGAUGGGACGUUAUUUCAAGGCAACAAGAAUGCUUACAAUGACGCAGCCAUAACAAGUUUAAAUGUCAUAACAACAAGAGCUUUACGGUUUAUUCCACUAUCAAAUGAAGGUCAACCUUGUAUGAGAGUUGAGAUCUGUGGUGACACUUUAUAUCCAGACCAACUUAGAAACCUCAUCGUCUUUAACAUCAAGUCACGAAGUGUUGAAAUAUCGUGGAUUGAUCCUGAGAAUCAAGGAUUUACCAACGUAUCAAGAUUUUGGAUUAAAAUGAAGAAAAACGACUCACUUAUUCUAAAUAUAACCACGGAAAAAUUAAAUGAAUAUAAAAUGAAUAAGCUCACUCCAGACACAAGUUAUGAAAUAUCUGUAGCUGCUGGAAACAACGAUGGUUUUGGCGAAGAGAAAAGUAUUAUGUUUUCAACACGAGAGGAUGCUCCAGAAGGUCCUCCACUGAACGUCACAGUCACCACAAAAAAUUCAUCCUCAUUAUCAGUCACGUGGAAUCCUCCUGAAGAAGAGAAAAGAAAUGGCGUGAUCGUCAAUUAUACUGUGUGUAUCUCACAUGAAGAAACUAAACCUUGCUUUAAAGAACAUACUACAGAGAAGAUGAUGUUAGUCAUCGACAGUUUGAAUGCAUCAACCAAAUAUUAUGUUCGUGUUCUUGCAAGUACUAAAGUUGGUCGAGGAAACUACAGUAAAAGUCAGGGAAUAUUUACAAAUGGAGAACGAACAGAGAUGGCCACAAAUAAAACAAUAACUACAUUAACAUUCCCAUUACAAAGCCCUUCGGAUAAUUUUACGUAUUUUUACGUUGUGGCUUUAAGAAUAGAAGACAAUGACAAACUUUCAUCACCCAGCAAUUACGAUAACAAUGAUUUAGUAACAUACGAAAAAGCUAAAACGUCAGCUAAACCAAAACCUUAUAUUGCCGCCGUCAUAACAAGCAGGGAUAAAACUGACAUGUUUAUACUUGGUGAUGGUGGAAAUACAAGUUUUCAAACAACACGAAGACGAAGAUCAACAACAAUUGAUUAUUAUAAUGGACCACUGGAGUCUGGAGCAAGUUACAGUAUUUUUCAAAGGAUUUUUCUUAAUGACAAGGAUGAAUUUUACUCCACGGAUUGGAGCCCUGCUUCAACAACAGUUGGAAAGAUGACAACAUCAGCAACAAACACUCCCAGAACAAUCAGAACUGACUCAAGCACCACCACAAGUAAACAGAGUGAUGAUAACAAUGAAGAAAGCGAUAAUAUUCCAAUAAUUGCUGGUGCAGCAGGUGGCGGAUGUCUUCUUCUUAUCCUGGUCAUAGUUGUGAUCAUUCUGUGUAGAAGAAGACGCAAAGACAAAAAAGAUCAUUACGAUGAAGUGGAUUAUAAACUCGAAGAGAAACCAAGAUUUGCUUCACCCGCGAUCAACGAGGGAUAUCUUGAUCCUAACGACGGUGAUCUUGGUCCCAAAGGGUCGAUUGAAGUACAACAAAACCCCACCGUUGCUGGGGCAGAUGAAGUAGACGUUAGUCCAGUUCAGGAAGAGAAAACAUAUCCUUCAGAUUUUGCAGCUGGUGAUAAAAGUAUCUAUGGCAACCAAGAAGCUGUUGUUGCGAGGAUUCAUAAUCCUGUUCCUGUUGACGAAUUCAGUGAUCACGUGAACAACCGGAGACAAAACGAUAAAAAAGAUUUCAAGCUGGAAUUUGAGGAUUUACCAACUGCCCACAUUUCCAAAGGAGACAUCUCAAAACGAGCGUUUAACAGACAGAAAAACAGAUACGGCAACGCUGUCACGUAUAAUGAUUCUCGCGUCAUUUUGUCUGGUGACGAAAAAUCAGAUUACAUCAAUGCUUCGUACAUCAACGGAUUGGUGGAGAAGAGUUACAUCGCUACACAAGGACCAAAACCAGCAACAGUGAAUGAUUUCUGGAGGAUGAUUUUUGAACACAAAUGUCCAACAAUUGUCAUGUUGACCACAUUGAAAGAAAUGGCAAAGGUAAAAUGUGAGAAAUACUGGCCCGAUGACUCUGGUUUGUAUGGAGAUAUCAAAGUGACUGCCAGAAAAACAAGAAUAUUUGCUGAUUACGUUACUCGAAUAUUCACUGUUGAGAAGGGAGGUGAACAACACGGAGUUCAACAGUUUCAUUUCAAAGCAUGGCCAGACUUUGGUGUUCCUCACUAUCCAACACAGAUUUUAACUUUCAGAGGACAUUUCAAGUCUUUUCAUGAGACUAAAGCUGGGUCAGCUGUCAUUCAUUGCAGCGCUGGAGUUGGUCGAACAGGGGUCUUCAUUGCUGUGGACAAGAUUCUGGAUGAUCUUGACAAAGAAAAGAAAGAUGUGAUCGAUAUCUUUGGCUUUGUGAAGGACAUGAGAACAAGACGAAUGAACAUGGUGCAAACUGCUGAUCAAUAUGUGUUUAUUCAUGAUGCAAUCGUUGAUCACAUCAAGUGUGGAGCGAAUGAAGUUCAAGCAACGCAUGUGAAAUUCGAGAUCAAGAAAUUAUCAGAGCAAACUAACGAAGGCCAGACUGGAUUCGAAGAGAAGUUUAAGCGUUUGAACACAGUCUCACCGAAGUUGAUGGAAGAUCAAUGCGAAGCAGGACUUUUGGAGGAGAACAAGAAGAAGAAUCGAAAGGAACACAUUUAUCCAUCUGAGUCUGGUCGUGCUUGUCUCAGUCAUAUUGAAAAUGUCGCGAACUCGGAUUAUAUAAAUGCUUGUUUUGUCGAUGGUUAUCUUGGCAAGAAUUAUUUUAUUGCUACACAAACACCUCUGAAGGAGACGAUUAACGACUUUUGGAGGAUGGUGACAAAAUAUUGUUCGUCAACAAUCGUCAUGUUGAAUCAGUUGGGUGAAGACGAGGAAUACCCAAUGUUUUGGCCAACCCAGAGAGCUAAACCACAGUCAUUUGGAACCACCACAGUAAUGUUGGAUUCUUUCGUCAAAAAAGAAAAUAUUGUUGUUAGAAAAUUCAUCGUUUCACCCUCAGCGGAUUUGAAAAAUGGUCACAUGCUAAGAUUGGUUCAAUACAUGACGUGGCCAGACCAUGGAGUUCCAAAAAAUGUUAACGAUCUUGUGAAACUUUCGUCUGAAGUUGAAGACGCAAAAAGAGCAGCAGAAAAGAAGGGACCAAUCAUUGUUGUUUGCAGCGAUGGUGCUGGAAGAAGUGGAACGUACAUUGCAAUUUCUAAUCUUGUGGACAGAGUGAAAGUUGUUCAAGUCAUGGACGUCUUUCAGUGCAUCAAAUUGAUCCGUGCAAAGCGUCCACAGUUCGUUGAGACCGCGGCUCAAUUCAAGCUCUGUUAUGAAGCCGUUUCAGCUGUUUUGAAUUCCUUUAAUGAAUAUUCAAACUUUAGCGAUACUCAGACUCAGUAACACAGCAAAAUCAGCACUUCGGAAUCAGCUAGUUAAAUACUUAGGUAUAUAACCGCUUAGUUUUAAUUUAAUCAUCAUGGGAAUUAGGAAAAGACCAAGGACAUGCAGUUCAUAAGAUAUUAUUGAGAUAAUGAAAAUAGAAACCUCCAUAUAUUUUGAAGAUCAGGCUAAAAUAUAUCGCCUGAUGAAUUUAUGUAUACCAUCUGACGAGUCAGUUGAAUAAUAUCAACAUUUGGGGAUUUUUUCCACCGUAUGACAGCGAGAUCGUAGCGUACAUUAUUGUUCCUGGGCACUCAACUAUAGCACUAAUGAAUACGCUGCAUUUCGUAACAAUUAAAGAGGAAAACAGACCUUAGAAAUAGAGUUUCCUUGGAAAUCUAAAUAUCGUCUAUAGCAUUAGCGAUUGUUGGCUUAUAUUUCAUGUCCUAAAUCAACACAUCGACUGUCAUUCAUAAU